AUGGUACUUUGUCUCGUUUUAGGCAAGGAAGUUACGGAUAGAUUUAUAUUUGAUAUCUCUAUUGAAAUGUGGACUUCUAUGAAGAUUUCGCAUCUCCAGAAUGGUAUUAAAGAGAAGGCAUCUUUGAGCGUUCCUGCAUAUAAAAUCAAGUUAUGGAAAGUAGCUAUUCCUACCAAAGACAUGAAUGACGAAAAGAUGAAAAUACUUAUCAACAAGUCUCAUGAAUUUAUUAACGUUAAAGAGGAACUUAGGGGUGAAUUAUUGGAUGCAGAAGAUUCUAUUAGUAGCAAGAUUGAAAAUGUUCCUGCUGAUAAUCAUAUCCACAUCAUCGUGGAACUGCCAAAGCCUGCUACUGAGAAAAGAAAACUAGAAGAUUCGGACGAAGAAAAUGGAAACCUCAAAAAGGGGAAACUAUUGAAAAAUGAUAAGGAGUUGGUUCUAAAUUUAAUCAACAACUUACCAGACACAAAUGAUAAAUUAUUCACAGUGCCGGCAUUGCCUGGAGAUGAUACAGAUACAGUUAUCUAUAAUCGAAGUUGUUAUAUUUAUUUGCGUGACUUUAUACUCAAUGAUAAAAUAUUUAAUCGAUACUGCAUCACUGGAAAUCCAGGAAUUGGCAAGGUAUAUUUCGGGAGAAUAAUGUUAGUAGAGCUUCUUAAACAAAAAAAAUCAGUUUUGAUUGAUUAUGAAGGAUUCACGGCAUGGAUUGAACCUAACGGUAGUCUACUUAAGAUAAAUAAUGAAGAUCGUACAACAUAUAGACAAGUUGCAGGACAAAAGGAUGUGUGA